AUGGCCGCGCGGUGGCCCGACCUGCGUCGUCGCCGCCGCCGCUGCCGCCACCCGAUCCCGCGCUCCCGCCGCCGCCGCCGCCGCCGCCGCCGAGAAAGCGCCGCGAAUCCCCCGGCACCCCCUCCUGCCCCGCCCGGCGCGGCACCACGUGGGGCCCGGCGCGCCCGGCAGCCCAGGACCGGAGCCCGGGCUGUGGACGCGCCCUCCCGUUCGCCUCGCCACGCCGUGGGCCCCCCUUCCAGGAGGAGCGGGAAGGAAACAGGGGUCAGAGAAGGGAGCGGUGGGGCGCUCCGGGGCGCCCUGCUCCCUCUGCGGGCGCGUCUCGGCUCCCAUGCGUCCCGCCUCCGGUCCCGUCGCGCAACCGGCUCCGCAAGGAGGCGCGUCCUCAAGGGCCCCCCCAACCAGCCCGUCUUGAGCCCCGACGUCUCGCCCGCAGCCCAGAGGCGCCGGGGUCAACUGCUGCCAGCCUGCGGCCCAGGGGAGGGUCGGCUGGACCGCGUAGCCUCAAAGCCCGGGCUCCCCGCCCGCAGGGCCAGCGCGACAUGUGGGAGGCUCCAGCGCGCCUGA